CCCGCCUCCUCCCCAGGGGCCGCGUCGGAGCCUCAGCGGCGGCGCUCACAACCCGAGGAGAGCGGCUUGCCUGGAAGCGGCGGCGGCCAUCGAGACCCACCCGAGGCGCGACCCUCUCGGCCUCCGCGCUCCCAGGCCGCUGUGCCCGCGUCCCUUGAGCUCGCUUGCUCACCUUUCUUCUCUGCGGCCAGCUGCGCCAUGGCGUUGGCGUUGGCGGCGCUGGCGGCGGUGGAGCCGGCCUGCGGCAGCCGGUACCAGCAGUUGCAGAAUGAGGAAGAGCCUGGAGAGCCAGAACAGGCUGUAGGUGACGCUCCUCCACCUUACAGCAGCAUCUCUGCAGAGAGUGCAGCAUAUUUUGACUACAAAGAUGAGUCUGGAUUUCCAAAGCCUCCGUCUUACAAUGUGGCAACAACACUGCCCAGUUAUGAUGAAGCUGAGAGAACAAAGGCUGAGGCUACUAUCCCCUUGGUUCCUGGAAGAGAUGAAGACUUUGUGGGUCGGGAUGACUUUGAUGAUGCUGACCAGCUGAGGAUAGGAAAUGAUGGGAUUUUCAUGUUAACUUUUUUCAUGGCAUUCCUCUUUAACUGGAUUGGAUUUUUCCUGUCUUUUUGUCUGACCACCUCAGCUGCAGGAAGGUAUGGGGCCAUUUCAGGAUUUGGUCUCUCUCUAAUUAAGUGGAUCCUGAUUGUCAGGUUUUCCACCUAUUUCCCUGGAUAUUUUGAUGGUCAGUACUGGCUCUGGUGGGUGUUCCUGGUUUUAGGUUUUCUCCUGUUUCUCAGAGGAUUUAUCAAUUAUGCAAAAGUUCGGAAGAUGCCAGAAACGUUCUCAAAUCUCCCUAGGACCAGAGUUCUCUUUAUUUAUUAAAGAUGUUUUCUGGCAAAGGCCUUCCUGCGUUUAUGAAUUCUCUCUCAAGAAGCAAGAGAACACCUGCAGGAAGUGAAUCAAGAUGCAGAACACAGAGGAAUAAUCACCUGCUUUAAAAAAAUAAAGUACUGUUGAAAAAGAUCAUUUCUCUUUAUUUGUUCCUAGGUGUAAAAUUUUAAUAGUUAAUGCAAAAUUCCAUAAACUUUGAAUCAUUAGUGGUUAAUGUUUGAAAAAGCUCUCGCAAUCAAGUAUGUGAUGUAUUAAUAAUGCCUUAUCUAUUGUUUGUAGUUAUUUUAAAUAGCAUGAGCCUUGUCCCUGUAGUCAGUAGGGGGCAAUCUUGCUUUAUUCAUCCUCCAUCUCAAAAUGAACUUGGAAUUAAGUAUUUUAGUGUAAGAUAUGUAUAAUGCUGGCCAUUUUAAAAGGGAUUUUCUCAAAAGUUCAGAUUUUUGUUAUGACUGCAUUUCUACGCAUAAUCCAUACUUGCUGUUAAAAUUAAUCUAGAAAUUUAUUCAGUUGUACUGUGAACACCUGGAAGCAAAAUCAUAGUGCAAAAUGCAUUUAAGGUGUCGUCAGGAUUAAGUUAAGUUCUUAAUUGGUGAAUAAUAAGCAUUAAUUUUUUAUAGUCUGUAUUCUAAAUUUUGCAGUACCUUAUUGUUCUGUGUUAUGUACCUAAGAAAUUGUAAAGGUGUUGUCACUAUAAAAUAAAAAGGACAAUUGCAGCUUAAUUACUAAAAUACAGUUGAUACUUUAUUAUUAAGAGUCCUACUCUUUCUUUCUUUCUUUCUUUCUUUCUUUCUUUCUUUCUUUCUUUCUUUCUUUCUUUCUUUCUUUCUUUCUUUCUUUCUUUCUUUCUUUCUUUCUUUCUUUCUUUCUUUCUUUCUUUCUUUCUUUCUUUCUUUCUUUCUUUCUUUUUUGUCUCCUGAUGAUUAGGCCAGGGGCUGGAGUAGGGAGGGUAUUAGAUACUAAGGAGCAAAGAAAGAAUUAGUUUGGAACUUUUGAGAUGAUCCCUAACAUACUGUAGUACUACUUGCUUUUAUAAUGUGUUAGCAGAAACCGAUGAGUUAUAAAUGUAGAAUGAUGUGCUUUCUGCCAAGUGGUAAUUCACCUUGGUUUGCUAUGUUAAAACUGUAAAUACAACAGAACAUUAAUAAACGUCUCUUGUGUAGCAA